UGUAGCAAACUCAUUAAAGUAGAAGAUAAAACUAAUUACGAUUUACAAAUGGAAAGAACAGCAAAAGCAGAUGGAUCAUCCCUAAUAUUUCUGGGAACCGGAUGCUCAACCGGGUUGCCAAGUCCAAGGUGCUUAAUUCACCCAUCGGAUCCUCCUUGCCCCGUUUGUUCUUACUCUUUAAAACUACCUCCCCAACACAAUCCUAAUUACAGGUGUAAUACAUCUUUGCUCAUAGAUUAUCUCGUGGCUAAUGAUGAACACAAAUAUAUUUUGAUUGAUGCGGGCAAGACAUUUAGAGAGCAAGUUCUUCGAUGGUUCACAUUCCACAAAAUUCCUCGUCUUGAUUCUAUACUGUUGACGCAUGAUCAUGCUGAUGCAGUACUUGGUCUUUCUGAUUUACAUUGUGUGAGACCGCUUGACUCCAAUGGAGAUGUUAAUCCCAUUUCAGUCUAUGCCACUCAAGAAUGUUGUGAUAGUGUUGUGUUAAAAUUUCCUCAUCUAUCCAAGAAAGUGCAUAAGCACCAUGAAGAUAUAGGACAAGUAACCCAAGUAGAUUGGAGAAUAAUCCAAAACGAUUGUCAUAAACCUUUCAUUGCUUCAGGCCUACAAGUUUGUCCUUUACCAGUGAUGCACGGUGAAGAUUAUGUCGCACUUGGAUUUUUAUUUGGUGAUAAAUGUAAAGUUGCAUAUGUCUCUGAUGUUUCACGAUUUCCUUCCACCACAGAAUACAUAAUCUCUAAGGAAACAGGAGAACAGCUUGACCUUCUUAUCUUAGAUACCAAUUGUAUAUAUUUGAAUGGACAAAAAAACACACACUUCUGUUUCCCUGAGACUCUUGAUGCGGUGAGGAGGAUUUGUCCAAAACGUGCAUUAUUAAUCGGGAUGAAUCAUGGCUAUGACCAUCACAAGAUCAACAAAGACUUAUUAGAGUGGUCAGAAAGGGAAGGAAUUCCAGUUCAACUUGCUCAUGAUGGUUUAAGAGUUCCUAUUGAGCUUUGAUAAAUAUUCUUUUCUAUAAAUAUUCCUUGUCUAGAGUUUCUAGAAGCUUAUGGCUUUAUGUGCUUGAACGAACACUUGUUGGCUCAUUCCAGCAAUUGUUUAUGCAGGAUAAAGUUCCUCUUAUUUGUUCCCUAUAUAAAAAGCCUUAAGCCUCUUAUUCCCUAAGAUUCUUGACUCAUGUAAUUUCUUAUAAACUAAAGGCACUUAUUUGACUGGGUUUCAUAAUCUAUGAACAAAUUGUUCAUAGAAUUUUCCCAAUUUUCAAUAUCGGUAUGUUCUUUCUUAUUUUGUUCUUCAAUUUCAUAUUCUAUAUUCUUAUUUACUUCUAGGUUGUUCUUGGUUUAAUAUAUUUUACGACUGUUAA